AGUGUCUCAGGUUGCGCUAAGUGGCCUGGAAAUUUCCGAGCCGGCGCGGAGGUCUUGGCCGCGAGGGCGCGCAGACGGCGAGGGAGCGCGGGCAGCCCAGCCCGGCCCGGCCCAGCCUCCACUUCUCACCCAUGCGGCUCGGGCCGCGGGGCUCGGCGGGGCUCGGCGGGGGCGCGGCCGCACGCAGGUGGGGCGCCCGGGCCCGCAGCGGGGCGGCGGCCGAGCGCAGCGCGGGCCCGCGGGCCUCCAUGUGCGUGUUGGCAGCGGCGGACGUGCUGACCGCCGGCGCCCCGCACCCUCGAGGGCCGGCCCGGGCGCGCGGGCGAGGGCGGCCGGGAGGCGGCGGCGGCCGGGGCAGGCCCGGGCGGGCGUAAGCGCCGAGGAGCGCGCUGCCUGCAUGCGCGCAGCUCCAGCCCCGGGCGGCCGCGGCGGCAGCGCCGGCAGCGCCGGAGCCAGAGGCAGCCGCACGCGGAGCGGAGCGCGGAGCCCGGAGGCGCCCCGCGUCCCUGCAGGACCGUUGUGACUGCCCAGCGCCCGCGCGCGCUGCCAACUCGUGAAUCUUCGGGCUUUGGGCGCGGGGCAACUCCGGUAUUUUCGAACUCAACUCGUGGAUUGGAACGGCUCCGCUCCGAGCGCGGCCGGCGCUUUCGGACCCUGGCCCUGGCCGCGGCCCCUGCACACGCCCGUGGAAGACUCGGCGGGGUAGAGGCGCGGGCCGGCUGCGGGGGUCCCCUUGUGCGCCGCCGGCGGGCCGAGGGCUGAUUGGAGGGGUCCCCGGAGAAACGAUUUGGGAUUUGUCGUGAACAGCAUGGAGGAGAAUGACGCCAAGCCCAGCGACGCAGCGGCGGCGGAGGGGCCGUGGCAGCCGGAAUCCAGCCCCAGUGGCGGCUCGGGAGGCGGUGGCGGCAGCAGCCCCGGCGAUGCGGACACCGGACGCCGUCGGGCACUGGUGCUGCCAGCGGUCCUGCAGGUGCCGGGCAACCACCAGCACCCUCACCGCAUCACCAACUUCUUCAUCGACAACAUCCUGCGGCCCGAGUUCGGCCGGAGAAAGGACGCAGGGACGUGCUGUGCCGGCGCGGGCGGAGGAAGAGGCGCCGGAGGCAGCGGCGAAGGCGGGGCGGGCGGGGCGGACAGAGGCGGGGGCGCGGGGGGCGCCGAUCAGCUCCUGGGGUCUGUCCGGGAGCCCCGGCCGAGAGCGCCCUGUGCGCCGGGUGCCGGCGGGCCGCUGCCAGGCGGCGGCGGCGAGUCUCCGGGCGAAGGCGAAGGAGGCUCCCAGGCUCUCCCGCUGCACAGCGACGCCAAGAAAGGCAGCGACCCCAGCGGUCCCCUGGACGGGGCGCUCAAGGCCCGCGGCUUGGGAGGCGGCGACCUGUCCUGGAGCUCGGACUCGGACAGCUCGCAGGCCAGCGCCACGCCGGGCGCGCAGCCCAUGCUCUGGCCCGCGUGGGUCUACUGCACGCGCUACUCCGACCGGCCUUCCUCAGGCCCCAGGUCUCGAAAACCAAAGAAGAAGAACCCCAACAAAGAGGACAAGCGGCCACGCACAGCCUUCACCGCGGAGCAGCUGCAGAGGCUCAAGGCCGAGUUCCAGACCAACAGGUACCUGACUGAGCAGCGGCGCCAGAGCCUAGCCCAGGAGCUGGGCCUCAAUGAGUCGCAGAUCAAGAUCUGGUUCCAGAACAAGCGCGCCAAGAUCAAGAAGGCCACGGGCAACAAGAACACGCUGGCGGUGCACCUGAUGGCGCAGGGCCUGUACAACCACUCCACCGCGGCCAAGGAGGGCAAGUCCGACAGCGAGUAGGCCCUUCUUCUCCCUGCGUGUCUCUGUGCGCGCGAAACAAUGCAAUAAUUUAAAGUUAUCAAAAAGGGCAAGUGUACAAAAAUUAUACCAGCAUUCCUAGUGAAAAGAUCGUGUGUUAGGUAUGGUUCUGCAAUAUUCUAUGUGUAUAUAAUUUACAGGUGAUGUAAAAUCCAAAAUAUCUGACUAUAAAAUAUUUUUUUUAUUUUUGUGUGUUUAUGAGAUUAUGCUAAUUUUAUGAUUUUAUUUUUUUUUUCGAAAGGGGGCUGCUUAGGGUUUCAUCUUUUUAAUCCCCUAAGUUCCAUAUGGGACAUGGGACGCUUUUUUAAUUUCAAAAGAAGAAAAAUUAAAACAACUUGCUGAAGUCCAAAGAUUUUUAUUGCUGCAUUUCACACAACUGUGAACCGAAUAAAUAGCUCCUACCUGG